CAAGAUACGACUGCAACAUAGAAAGUAUUGCAGUUCAGUGUGAGCUCUUGGACCAAAAGGACAUUUGGAUGCAUAUACAAUAAAGGAACUGUUAGCCUGUUUCCCCAAUGGGUUUUACUGGAAAUAAAAUGACCUGGAAGGUCUCUGUGUACCUCUUUUCAAUACGGCUGAUUUUAACAUCACAUCCCAUUUUGGGGUCAGGCUUUAGUGACAGUCCAACAGUUGAUGAGGAGUCCUAUCAGCUGAGCUGGAUGACGUCUGUACCUGAUGCCACACUCCUCUCUGCCAUUUCAAUCCCAGGAACUCACGACAGUCUAACUACUUAUGGUGGACCACUUAUACAGUGUCAAACUUUAUCCUUGGAAAACCAACUGAAAGCAGGUCUGCGAUACUUUGAUAUUCAUGUGGGGAUCUGGACUGUAUUCCAGCAAACUGUGGAUGUCAGGGAUGGUCAAAUAAAACACCAAAAGUUUCAUGUUGCCUUGGAAACCACAACAGCCUUCUUGGAUGAAAAUAGCAGUGAGACAGUGCUUUUUAGGGUCACACUAAAAGGCUUCUUUCAGAAGAGAACUGGUAAAUUGGUUAAGAAAUUGCUUGAAGAAUUUAAAGAUAAAUUAUGGACAAAAACAAUAGUCCCCCAGAUUGGGGAGGUAAGAGGGAAGAUUGUGUUCAUACAGAGCAAGAAUUUCAAUGUCGGAACCCUUAACCACAAUACAUAUUUUAAAGGUGAUAAUAAGUUCAAAAACAUACCUAACAAGAUAAAGAAGAUAAAAAAACAUUUAGAGGAAGCAGGAGAAAUCUGUUCACACACUUUAGUACUGACCGAAUCAACAGCCACUGCUUUUUUCAAAGGACCUAAGUCGGUAGCCAAAGAGGUAAACAACCAGCUGAAUACUCUCAUCAUGGAGCGCAAGAAAGGAUCUGAAAAACCUGCCUGCCUAGGAGUGGUCAGUAUGGACUUCCCCAGUUCUGAACUGAUCAGGAAUAUUAUUAAUACAAAGCCUUGCUUGUGCCACAGGACAGGAAAUAAAGACCCUUUAGAGCCCGCAGAGCCUGAACUGGAACCUCAACCCGAACCGGGUCCCGAACCUGAACCGGGACCUGAACCUAAACCAGAAACCUCAACCUGA